AGCAGCUUCCUUGCUAUGGUGAUUGUGAAAAGCAGUUCAUUUAUGGUGGCUGAUUGCCUGUUGCUUUUGAAGACUGCACAGAGAACCUGUCUACCCACUUUCAGUUUCCACUUUUAAAGAAAUAAACUUAUCCAGGGAAAUUACAGGAAAGUGAUCUUUUAGGGAGAGCAAGACAGAACUGGGAAUGGCUUCAGUAAGAAACCUACCUUAUGGAUUUGGUGCAAAUUACGAGACUGUAAUAAAGAUAAUCGGGAGCAAAUACGUCCGAUGCCUUGUAGAGAAAAGUGAUGGGAAAGCAAAGGAGAUUGUGAAGCCUGAGGCACAGUCCAUGUUCCAAACUUCACCUCUGUGUAAUAUAAGACAGAGAAAUGGAAAAUUUCCAGACCGCAAUAAGCCACCUAAUCAGCAAAUCAAUAAUGAUGUGAAUAUUGAAUCUCAGAACAAAGAUGGAAUGGAAAAAUAUACAUCCAAACAAACAGAGACAAAUAUUAUCAGAUCUGUGGACAACAAA